AGUCCAAAUGGAGCACCUACGGAACAUAAAAAUGAUGAUUAAAGUCAUAGCUAUUGUUUUGUACUGGAGAGGUUCCUCAGCCGACGCUACAAGGAGGAUCAGUGUCUUGGUGAGUGCAAAGGUGACUCUCAGCUGCCUUUUUGACAAACUGUCCAAGCUGGCGGAGUGGAGCGCUCUCACCAUCGAGUGGAACGUGGUGGAUAAGCAUGCGGAGAAGAGUGUCGUGUACACUUUCGAGGACGGCAGGGCGCAUGUGAACAGAGAUGGCUCUGUGGUGGACAGAAUGCAGUUGCUAGAGGGCGAUGCAUCUCUGCAGCUUCGUAACGUUACCGUGGGAGAUGGAGGGCUGUACACCUGCAGAAUCAUCACACCUGUGGUCUACACGGAGACUACUUUGCUGGAAGUGCUGGCUCGGCCUUCAUUGUCGCUCCCGGAAACGGCGGCGGUGACGGAGGGGCAGGAAAAGAUGAUACAGUGUGACAUCACAGGUUUCUAUCCAGAGAAACUGUCCGUGACAUGGCACAUCCAAAAUGGCUCCCACACUGUCCACGCGAGCGCCAACCUCCUCUCCCGCGUCUGCACCGAAAUGUCCACUCGCAACCCAGAUGGCACCUUCAGUAUCCGCAGCGGCAUCACACUGCACUCCUCAGCCGUGAAGGAUGGAGAGAUGCACAUCAUCUGCCAGGUGGAGCACCAGACGUUCAGCCGGCCGUACAACAGAUCUGUUACACUGACUGUUCAGGCUCCGUCACAGCCCCUUUACAGUGCUGUCACACUGAUAGCUGUCACCAGUGUCAUCAGUCUGCUGCUGGUUACCUCUGUCGUUGGAGGCGCUCUGCUUCUCUACACCUAUUUCUGUCAAGCUCCACCAAGUGUUUCUGAAAUCAGCCUGCCCAGCAUCGUAUACGCUCGGAUGCCGACCGACCUCAAAUGCACCAUCCGAGGAGCCAGACGGCGGGAGGUCAAGGUGAAGUGGUUUAAAUUAAGAAGCGGUGACGACUCAGCAGUCCAGUCCGAAUCUGUUUCUCUGUUGGUCGGUGAGGAUCUGAGCGAGCAGGCUUGUCUCCAGUCGGACGGCACAUGCCAUACAUCUGUCCUGACUGUGUGUCUGACUGUCGUUGAAGACCGGACCGAAUACCACUGUGUGGUGCUGUGCAGGGGCAAGAGCUUUUGCAGAAAGACCACAGUCCGGGUAAAAGGUGGGAAACUAGUGCCAAGAGCAUACUGUAUUCACAUCACUCUAUUAUGUUUACCGAAACAAUCAGGAGAGAUCACUUGGUGUUGAACUGUAAUUUGGUGGCGUGUUAUAUUUAACCCCCUGACCCUUUGUCUAGUGCCACCAUCAGGUCAAACCUUCCCUUAGAUCAACACUUUGCUCCACGGUGAGUUAUCUUGAAAAUAUAUAUUCGCCAGAGUUCCAUAAGUUUGCUGUGCAUAUUCGCGGCCCUCGAGGGAGGAAUCCUCUUGUUUUUUGGCGACCCCUUGACCUUUUAUCUACUUUCACCAUCAGCCCACAUUUCCCACCGAACCCUCUUUAUUUUAAUGACCCUAUGGCCCUUCCUCUGGCACAAGCAUCUCACAACAAACUGUACAUUUUUAGCUCUACAUAUGGCAAAAGUAAUCUCUGUCAAUAUCAAUAUAUGUCAAGUAUUCAGUAUAUUUUUGUCCUUUUCCGUAUUGUGGUAGUGAAUACUUCAGAGCGACCAGUGCCACUGGUUUGAACAAAUGAAAUUGCACAAUUUUAAAAUCUGACAUAAUGCCCUAUUUCCCAUUUCCCAGUUUAACAUAGGUGAUAAUCCAACUGAGCACAUACCUGCUCCCCUAAACUUGCUGUUUUUCUGCUCAGUUUGGGUAGCUAUGUUUGCUCUAAAGAGCUAGUCCAUUUUAUUGUUGUCCUGCUGCCUUGCUGUUCCAAGAAAGAUGUUUGAGAUCCUGAAAUCCUGUUACCAGGUACCAUCCCACCCGGGAAGCAAAAAGGCAUCUUUUCUGACAAGCUAGCAGUUAGCCAUUUCUUUCCUGGAGAAAAAUGUCAUGCUAAAUAUUAGUUCCUCUUCAAAAGGCCUUUAAAUGUGGGCUGUAGAAGAUAAUCCACAUUGUUCAUAGUGACCACAGUUACUAUCUUCUUUUAAAGAAAUACAAACAUCUGCCAACAGUUCUAAGCAAAUAGUUAAUCCAUUUAUUUUCCCACACUCUGAGCUCUUCACAUUGUGUGGGGCUGUCCCCACAUAGUGACCUCUCGAGCCAAGCACAAUUAAAACACCAUUUAAAAACUAUUCUAUCCGGCCACUGAACUUAAAUUGUAGAAUAAUGAGAACACAGAGGAUGUUUUAUGUCAUGCAUUUUAUCCACAAUUAUAUUGAUUUCUAAAUUUGUGAGUGCCACUAAAACCACACUUUUAUUUACUCCACUUGCGUCGUUGCCUCUGCAAGCAAAACCCUUGCCCAUUGACACAUCGUUAUUAUGCAGGAUAACCACCGCUUCACCCAGCUUUAUCUUUUAUAAGGUGCUGGAAGUAUAAAAAAGCUCAAACUGGUAGAAUAGAUAUCCACACACUUAAAUCUAUGCAGAGAACACUUUACUAUUUGCUUUAGGUCUAAAGGACCUUCGUCAGAGCAUACAUGGUUCACAUCGUUAUUGUAAAAGUGUUGAUUGACUUUAAAGGC